GCAGCCGGUGCCGCCUUACCGCUCCCCAGACCCCACGCCGACGCCAGUUCCCCGCGGAUCGUCGAUGCGUGAGAGUGGAAGUGACCGGUGCGAACGAGGAACCCGGGGGUUUGAUGUGAGAAGAAUAGUGCGGAUUGACGUUCGAAGCACAGUUGAAAACUUGCUCCUUUCCUGCGCAGGUCGAGGAGAGGCUGUGCUCUCAAAUAUAACGGGAGGAAGAUAUCGCGUAUUUAUUUAUUUAUUGAUUCGUGAAAGAUUCCGGACAAACCCAAACCGCAUCGCACCGCACCGCUCAUCGCGCGCUCACCGUGUGACAGAUUCUCUACACCGGCUUACGCAUGAAUGGCCUACAUCCAGCCGGCGCGAACUAGUCACAAAUUCCUAACUAGUCAAGAAAUAUAACGUCGAAAACGUGACGGCGUGUGAGAGCGACUCGACGUUUUCCGGAAUUACGUAUACAUUCGACGAUAAACAAACGGAAGAGGACGACGAAGAGAAAAUACCGAAAAUAAUUGAAUUUCGAAAAAUAAUAUACAACAGAAUCAUCCGUACAUUGGGAGACCAGGAGGACGUGGGCUAAGACAGAAAGCCCUGGACUUGAGGAGGAUACGCACUCGAAAGAGAAGGAAAGAUGAAUAAAAUGGACUACAUGGAGGUUACGCUGCCCAAUUACUCCUACGUGUUCAACUUCGAGGAGGAAUUCAUUCACCAAGACACCAGAGUCUGGAUGAUGAAUAAUUGGACGAAUUGCUUCUACUACUGCGGCAUUUACAUGAUCCUCAUAUUUGGCGGUCAGCACUUUAUGGCCAGUCGACCUAAGUACGAACUCCGGGGCGUACUCAGCCUUUGGAAUACUUUACUCGCCUCCUUUUCGAUCAUUGGAUUCACGAGAACCGCCCCCGAACUUAUCCACGUGCUCAGGAAUUACGGGCUUUAUCACAGCGUCUGUAUACCGAGCUUCAUCGAGCAAGACCGAGUCUCCGGCUUCUGGACCUGGAUGUUCGUCUUGUCGAAGCUGCCCGAGCUCGGCGACACGGUGUUCAUAGUUCUCCGCAAGCAGCCGCUGAUAUUCCUCCACUGGUACCACCACAUAACCGUCCUCCUCUACUCGUGGUUCUCCUACACCGAGUACACGGCGUCAGCUAGAUGGUUUGUCGUGAUGAACUACUGCGUCCACUCGAUAAUGUACUCGUACUACGCGCUGAGGGCGAUGCGAUAUUCGCCACCGAAAUGGAUAUCGAUGGUGAUCACCACCCUCCAGCUGACGCAAAUGAUCGUCGGAUGCGCGAUCAAUGUCUGGGCUCAUCAAUACCUCGAGAGCGGACAAGCCGAGUGUCACAUAUCGAGGGUCAACAUCAAGCUCAGUCUUAUGAUGUACUUCAGCUACUUCGUACUCUUCGCGAGAUUCUUCCACAAGGCCUACCUCGGCGGUAAGAGCUCGUCGAAAUCUGGAAAGAAGAUUUACGCCAACGGGAACGGCCACAUCGCGGCGGCGGAUUACAGCAACGAGAAGCUUAAAGCUAACUAAGGAAGAUACUCUUUAAAAUUGUUAAUUUUCCCACGUUUUUUACCGGUGGGAACGGAACGGGAGCGAUGAGAGGGCGGGAGGGAGGAGGUGGGUGGUUAGGGUCGAAUUGAUGAUCGGCUACGAUUCUGCGUGAGACCCGUUGUGCGGAGAGCUUCCGGAUAAAGAGAGAGAGUGAGAGAGAAUGAGAAUGAGAAUGAGAAUGAGAAUGAGAAUGUGUCGUACGCAAAUUUGAACGAAAACAAAUUCGUUUUCACCUUUGCGUGCGAGUUAUACGCGCAUAUACUGUAUACAGUGUUGUUUUAGGGUGAGUUGAUUUUCACCUUUUAUUUAUAAUUUUUUUUGGGAUAAAUAAAUUGUCAAUUCAGAGCUA